AUGAACGACGCCGAGGACCGACUCGUCAGCGCGUUGCCUAUCCGCUUCACCAACUCACUUGUUCCGAAUGUCCACAUACACCAGUUUCCGCUCCUUACGCGACCGCUGCAGAUCCCACCGACAGCCGUAGCCAGCGGCAAGCGCAUCCGCGCCCGCGUCAAGCCCGGCGUGCGCAGAAUCGAGGUGCACGUCCCUGUCGACACGCGCCCCGAGGUCUGGAAUGUCGAGCGGUCAAAGGAGCUUGGGAAAUCCAGAGUGGAAGACGACAAGGAGAAGAACCAGGAGCUGCCGAAGAUGAAGCAGAGGGAGGGCGAGGAGCCGCGCCUGUCUGAGACGCGCCUGCGGAGCGAGCAGGUCCCCCAGCUGGGUGCUUACGUGCUUGGAAUCGUGCGGGACGGCCAGCUGCACCUGCACCCGAUCACCGAGACGCACCAGCUACGGCCCACGCUGACUUACAUGGACAUCUUAUCGCGCAAGACGAGGCGCUCUCGCCGGGGUGAUGAUGAGGACGACGAUUCGGACGACGGACCCCCACCGGACCCUGAUGAGCCGCCCCCUGCGCCGACACCGAAGAAGGAGAAGAAGCCCGCGGCGGAGGCGAAGGAGGUGCAGGUCUCUGUGCGCAAGUCGGACGACAGGAGCAUGCAGUUCCAGGGCGGGCUGUCUGCAGUGCGGAGAGAGAUGCUCACGACAAUCCAUGCGGAGGAGGAUGAGAAGUGGGAUGACUAUGAGUAUUGUGACGGAGAGACCGAGGAGUCGAAUGUGGCUUUUGAAGCAUUGUUCUCGCAUAGCGAUGAGCAACUGGAGUGUGAAACAGAUAUUGCGGCCGUAUUGAAGGAUAUUCCGGGGCUGUAG